AUGAGUUUAAUGAAGUUGAAACCUCAUAAUUACAAUGUAAGGGAUAAAAAUGAGAGUAGACACAACCCCAUUAGUAUUCCAAAUAGUCGCUUAAGAUAUUAUUUAUCAUUAUCCUUAACCUUUGUUUUACUGAUUCUGUUGUUUCUAAAACAACAAUUCAUUAACUUAAAACAAUUAACUGGCUAUGAUACGUUAUAUGGAACUUCGAAUACAAAAGUUAAUGACUAUACUAUAACCAAUUUCCAUCAACAAGAUAUAUUAACAGUAAAAACAAUACAACCAUCCACAAUUGAACCAUCGCAAUUUAAUGAAUGGUUGACACAAGAAUUAAGAAUCGCUAGGUACAAAAUAUUAAAGAAUAUAAAAUUCACAGGUAAUGAAAUGGAUUGGGAUACCAAUAUCCCCUUGGGUGUACUUACAGCUUCUCCAUCAAGAAAUUCACCAGAUUAUUUCUAUCAAUGGACUAGAGAUAGUGCAAUGACUCUUAACGCAUUGGUUUGGGAUUAUUUUGAAAAUUAUAUGGACAAUGAAGAAAUUACACAAAAUACACAAAUUCAUAAUAUUAUGCUUCAAUACAUUAACAAUUCAAUUGUUUUACAAAGAUUAGAAAAUAGAUCAGGCAAUUUUUCUUUGAAAGGUAAAUAUAAAGGUUUAGCAGAACCAAAGUUUAAUAUUGAUAGUACUGCUUUUAAUGAAAAUUGGGGCAGGCCACAGAAUGAUGGGCCACCUCUACGAGUAAUAACAGUCUUAAAUUAUUUACAAUUACUAGAAGGGAAUAAUUUAUUAGUUGAUAAUUUUUUAAAUUCAGAAAAUCAUUAUAAAUUUACUAAUGAAUUAGAUAUAUUGUCCGAUCUAAUAUAUUACGAUUUACAGUUUAUUGUCUUAAAUUAUGAAGAUAGUAGCUUUGAUCUUUGGGAAGAGAUUGUAGAUCGUCAUUUUUUUACUACAUUGGUACAAUUUUAUGCAUUAGAUAAAGCUAUUGAAAAAUGGGAAACUUUUCAAUUCAUUCAUGGUAAUUUUCCAAAUAGCGAUAAUGAUUUAUUAGGUCAAUUAAAAAAGACGCAUCGUAUUCUUCACGAAUAUUUAAUAUCUAAGGACAAUUUCAUAAAUCCAUAUAAAGGAUAUUUAGUCGAAUCGCCCAAUUUAUUGAAUACAAGAUCUGGAUUGGAUAUUGCAGUUAUUUUGGCAUCAAUUGUCUCUCAUCCUUCUCAAAAUACUAGUAACUUCAAUCAUUUAGUCCCAUUCGAUGUAUAUGAUUCUGGAGUACUAAAUACAUUAUAUUCGUUAGUGAAAAGUAUGUCCAUCCUAUAUCCAAUAAACCACCCCGUUAGUAACCUAAAUGUUGGUGUUGCAUUAGGUAGAUACCCUGAAGAUAUAUAUGAUGGAGUUCAAACUAGUGAGGGUAAUCCAUGGUUUAUUGCUACGACAGCUGCCGCUGAACUGGUCUAUAAGUUAAUUGAAUCAUAUCGUUUGGAGGAAAAGCCAAUCGUAAUUAACUUGUGGAAAACAAAAUUUUGGAGUUUAUUUUUCCAAAAGAAUUUUAAUACUCCUUGGGAAAAAGAUGUGAUUAUCACAAUCCCAUAUAAUUCAAUGGCCUUUAACGUAACAUUAAAUAAUUUGUUCAAAUAUGGUGAUUCUUUCUUUGAGGUAAUCAGAAAACAUAUGAGUAAUGAAGGUGAAAUGAGUGAACAAUUUAAUAAAUAUACUGGGUUCCUUCAAGGAGCUAGUGAUCUAAGUUGGUCAUAUUCUACAUUCCUUGAUGCAGUAAGGGCAAGAAAUAGGGUACUCAAAUCAGAAACCCAAAUCAAAGUUUAA